AUGUUGGUAUCCUUGACUGUGGGCAAGGUCGACGCUGGCGUCGCAGUCUUGUUAACGCAAGAUAACAGAUUGAUUGAGUUUCCCUCCGUGCUACUGCCCAAGAAUAUCAGCUCGGGAAGCAUCGUGGAUAUCGACGUCUCACGAAACCAUGCUGCCGAAUCCAAGAGUAUAGCGAGCUUCCAGUCACUUCAAAAACGUAUCCUCAACACCUAUGGUCUUGAGACUCCCUCUCCGCCCGUUCUACGUCUUCGAAAUGCUACACAAACAUCCUUGGUCCUUGAAUGGGAGCCCAUUAAACUUGCUACAGCCUCGUUGAAAUCGCUGUCACUCUAUCGCAACGGAUCAAAAGCAGGAUCGAUACCCCGUCCUCUUGAAAUGAUGAGUACCAAAAUAAGCGGUCUUGCGAUUCACGCCGAGUACACAUUCCACCUCGUCUUGCGUACCACAGCCGGGACUUAUCACUCGGAAAAGCUGACUUGCCGUACUCACAAGAUGACUGAUCUUUCGGGCAUAACGGUUACUCCAGGCAUCAUGCCUCAACCUCAAAGAGAGGCUCUUGCACGCGCCAUUGAUAGAAUAGGCGGAAAACUCAUCGACACUGUACGGAUUGAUACCACACAUUUUGUUUGUACAGAAGGUCGGGGUCCGGCUUGGGAGAAGGCCGUGGAAAUGAACCUGCCCGUUGUGCGACCCGAAUGGCUUGAUGCAUGUGAGGCCGAGGGGACUAUUGUUGGGGUAAGAGGUUAUUACUUGAAUGCGGACCCGAAACAUCGACAGCUAGGACCACGUCAAGUACCGCAGCAGCAACAACAGCCGACUCCUGAGUCUGUUGUUUCAGAAGCAACAACMCCCCCAGCCAGUAGCCACUCGAACCUGCCAGUGCAAAAUGCACCCGCAGCAAUUCCAGAAGGACCGCCCACACCGUUUCCGGGUGGACCUACAGAAGUCACAGCAGCCGAGAUUCAACCAGAGCAUGAAGAUGAUCAUUCCGAACCUCCCGCUCCACCUCCGAAAGACGAACCUGCUGAAGGGGUGAAAGAUGACGAAAAAGACGACGCCGACGAAUCCGACGGCCAUGACGAAGCUGAAGAUACUAAAGAGACCGAUGUGAAAGAAGGCCUUGAAACCGUACCAGCCGUCGAAGCUGAGACAUUGAAAGAGAUAGAUAAAGUUCAACCGGAAGGCGAGGGCGAGCUAGAAGAGGUUUCUCUUUAA